AUGGUCAUCUCUAGCCCACAUUAUCGGAAGCAUGUUGAAAAUGUCACACUCACCAUCUCUGACAUUUCGAUCAAAGCAGGGUUGUCUGCAAGGUGCCUGGGCGUUCAGCUUGACUCUACACUAAAGAUGGAUAAGCAUGUCUCUGAUCUUUGUCGUGCACUCCAUUUUCAUCUGUCCAACAUUGCACGCAUUCGUCCAUUCAUCAACAGAAAAGCAUGUGAAGAUGCAAUUAGAACGAUCGUUGCAUCUAGACUGGACUAUGCCAACUCGCUACUGCAUGGAGUCAACUUAUCCAGUAUCCAGCGUCUCCAGAGAGUUCAGAACCGUGCGGCUAAACUCAUAUUCAUGGCCCGGAAAUAUGAUCACGUGACCCCUCUGCUGAAAGAAUUACAUUGGCUCCCGGUACAACAACGAAUCACCUUUAAGAUCCUGACCCUCGUCUACAAGUCUCUUCAUGGUAAAGCUCCCACCUAUCUUGACUCACUCAUCACACAAUAUCAUUCUGCUCGACCCGGUCUUCGCUCAAGUUCAGACUGUACUUUGAUCCACAUCCCCAGAACAAACAGUAAAGCCGGUGAUAAUGCAUUUCAGACAUUUGCACCUUGUCUUUGGAAUAAUAUCCCCCAAUCUGUCCGCCAGUUGCCAUCACUAGAUGCGUUUAAGAGAGCCUUAAAAACCCUCCUGUUUGACUAA